UAUGAGAUUUUUCCUUUUAAUGAAAAAUUUAGGAAAUAAUGAAUCGGGGAAGAAAAAAUAUGACUGUACCGGAUACAAGAAAGGGUUUGAUGAUAGUCAAUAUGGGUCCUCACCACCCAUCAAUGCAUGGUGUUCUUCGACUGAUCGUUACUCUCGAGGGUGAAGAUGUUAUUGACUGUGAACCCAUAUUGGGCUAUUUACACAGAGGAAUGGAAAAAAUAGCAGAAAACCGAACAAUUAUACAAUAUCUGCCUUAUGUAACACGUUGGGAUUAUUUAGCUACUAUGUUCACAGAGGCAAUAACGGUAAAUGCGCCAGAACAGUUGGGAAAUGUUCAAGUACCCCAAAGAGCGAGUUAUAUAAGAGUAAUUAUGCUAGAACUGAGUCGUAUAGCUUCUCAUUUGUUAUGGCUUGGACCUUUUAUGGCGGAUAUUGGUGCACAGACUCCCUUUUUCUAUAUUUUCAGAGAGAGGGAAUUACUAUAUGAUUUAUUUGAAGCUUCUACAGGUAUGCGAAUGAUGCAUAAUUAUUUCCGUAUCGGAGGAGUAGCUGCUGAUCUACCUCAUGGAUGGAUAGAUAAAUGUUUGGAUUUCUGCGAUUAUUUUUUAACCAGAGUUGCUGAAUAUGAAAAACUUAUUACGCGGAAUCCCAUUUUUUUGGACCGAGUUGAAGGAGUGGGCAUUAUUGGUGGGGAGGAAGCAAUAAAUUGGGGCUUAUCAGGACCCAUGUUACGAGCUUCUGGAAUACCAUGGGAUCUUCGUAAAGUUGAUCAUUAUGAGUGUUACAAUGAAUUCGAUUGGGAAGUCCAAUGGCAAAAAGAAGGAGAUUCAUUAGCUCGUUAUUUAGUACGAAUAGGUGAAAUGACGGAGUCCAUAAAAAUUAUUCAACAGGCUAUAGAAGGGAUUCCGGGAAAACGUGAUCACCAAUGA